AACACAAUAGCUUAGUGAUGAUAUAGUGAUUUAGUGCAGUCAGAAUAAAUACAGAUUAAAGUCAUUAUAUACUGAUAUACUGAGUUGGAUGAGGGCAUUAAUAUUGCUCAGGCUGAGUUAUGUUGUGAUUUAUUGCUUUGGCUCAGUCUUGGUCAGUCUCAGUCUUGCUCAGUCUCAGUGGCAGUAUCAGGACAGUUUCUCUUGGUGUGCACAUAACCUGUGGGCAGUGACAGUGUGGGCAUACUGCUGACCAGAAGCUGGGCACACUGGGGACUAAGCUGCUAUCCAGGGCUGCAGCAUGAAUACAUCAGAGGCAAAGGACUAUCUGACGGAGAGGCAUAUCCCCCGGCUGUUUGAGAGCCUUCUCUCUGGUCUAAUGUAUUACCGCCCUGAGGAUCCCAUCAGCUACAUGGAAUUAUGUCUUCAAAAGGUCAGAGAAUUAGGGGGCCCGGAAAAAGUGCAGUGGGAUACGUUUCUGAGUCGAUCCUUACCGCCCAUCAAUGGUGGACAGGGAAAGAAGACUUCACAUAAGACAGCUGAUGCGCUCGCUGCUCAACCGAUGCGGCGUUACGAGCGCCUUCCUCCAAUUCAGUCGCAGUUCUCCAUAGACAGUGAUUCAGACAUGACCGAAUCUUCAGGACUCAUCCAGGAAUAUGAUGUUUUUGACCCCAACAGAGAGAGACCCAAAAUCAUAUUCGUCAUUGGUGGCCCUGGCAGCGGGAAGGGGACUCAAAGUGCCAAGAUGGCAUCCCAUUUUGGCUUCACCUGUGUUUCUGUUGGGGAAAUAUUACGGAAACAGCUGAUUCACCAUGCAAGCAGUGACCGCAAGUGGGAACUUAUAGCCCAGAUAAUCUCCAAGGGUGAACUAGCGCCCCCUGAGACGACCAUUGAGGAGCUGAAGCAACAGUUUAUAAACCAGCAGGAUUCACAAGGCUUCGUUGUGGAUGGAUUUCCUAGAGAUAUCGGACAAGCGUUUACAUUUGAGGAGCAGAUCGGCUCCCCGGAUCUAGUCAUCUUUUUGGCGUGUUCGAGCCAGCGACUGCGCCAGCGGCUUGAGAGGCGCUCAGCUCAACAGGGUCGACCAGAUGAUAAUGCGCAUGCUAUUGACAGGCGGCUAGAGAACUUCAAACAGAACCUGCCGUUGAUAGUCAAGUAUUACCAGGACAAGGGGCUCAUUGCCAGGUUUGAUGCAGACAGAGAGGAGAAUGUCAUAUUUGAGGACAUUUGCUGUGCCGUGCAGGGACUGCUGUUUCCAGACGUGUUGGGUGUACAUGACUUCUCCUUGCAGAGUUCUCAAGCAUCUUGUUCCGAAGGCCCAGUGAAGGAGCAUAAGGAAGUGGAAUCUGCACAACAGAUUUUUGCUGGUUAUGAAUAUUCGUAA